UCACACGAUGGCAGCGGCAACACAACAAGCUACUCCAGCUGUCAAAGAGACAUUCCACUUUAUCAACAAGCCAGAAGGUACAGGCUCAAUCCUCUGCUUCACGCGCAGCUAUCUGACGCAACACANNGAUGCCAUCAAUGAAGCAUUGGCAGGCCUAACCCACAUCCAUCCAAAUCUCUCCUACAAUCCGCCUUACAAAAUCUUAUAUCGCUCCGACCUAGGCACCUUCCGCAACAACCAUGUAACAACCAUCGGCUUCAGCGGAGGUGGCCACGAACCGAUGUUUGGUGGCUUCGUUGGUCCAAAUUACCUUUCCGCAUACGUGAGCGGCAACAUCUUCGCCUCGCCGACCGCUGCUCAGAUCUACGAGGCCAUUAGGAUGUGUCAGCCGACCGAAGGUUCCGAGAGUAAAGGCACAUUAGUCGUGUGUGGCAACUAUACUGGCGACAUUCUCAAUGCUGGGUUGGCAAUCACAAGAGCACAGGCAAGUGGAUACAAGGUCAGGUUUGUCCCUGUGGGCGACGAUGUUGCAGUGGGUAGAAAGAAGGGCGGUAAAGUCGGUCGAAGAGGAUUGAGCGGUCAUCUCAUGGCUUUGAAGAGUGCUUGUGCGCUUGCCGCCAGAGGAGAGAGUCUGGAACGCGUGACACAAGUCAUGGAGUAUGUCGCUGCGAACGUCGGCACCGUCGGAGUCGCCUUUGAUCGUACCGACAAUGGCACUGACAGAGACCAGCNNGUUGCAUUGCCGAAUGCUACAUUGACCGACUUGCAAACUCUACCACCUGCAACUAUCGAACUUGGUAUGGGCGCACACGGCGAGCCUGGCCUACGACAACUCAACCCUGUCCCUUCACCAGAGUCUCUCACAACUCAGAUGCUCGACCUGCUCCUCGACAUCUCCGACUCAGAUCGAGCAUUCAUCCCCUUCUCCUCGUCCUCAUUUACCGAAGCCUCAUCCACAGGUUCCAAGAAAGACAACGAAGUGGUGAUCCUACUCAACUCUCUGGGCAGCACGAGUGACGAAGUGCUUGCUCGUUUUGCCGAGAUAGCAAUUUCAGACUUGACGAAACGUGGAUUCGUGGUUAGAAGGAUUACGCUGGGUCCUUUGGUAACAAGUCUGAAGAUGAGUGGGUUUGGUAUCACGGUCUGGCGAUUGCCACCCGCCAGUGGAGAAACGAUGACUAGGGAUGAAGCCUUGGCGCUUUGGGAUACGAAGGUUGAUGUUGCUGCCUGGAGACAA